GUCUAUUUCAUUUGUCUUGUUAACUAUAUAUAAUUAUAUGAUCAAAUUGAAAGAAUACAAAUUGUAAUUGAGGAGCCAAUUGAAAAUACGAAGAAAUUGAUUUUCCCGCUCUACGAUAGAUCGAUAAAAUAUGAAAUGUAUCGCAUUUGGUUAUCGAUAGUAGUACACUUUUCUCGAUUAUCGACAAAAUGAUCGAAAUCUAACGUUACCCUUCACUCUAGAUAUACUUGGUGGUAUAUUAUUUGCGCGUUGAAUUUUCAAGUUCCUUAACCUUUCGAAUUAAUCAUGAUAAUCGUUAUACAAUAUUAACUUAAUCAUUAUAAACAAAUAAAGACUGUAAUUACUGAAUUUUUUGUCGCACAAAUAUAAUAAUAAUAAUAAUAUUAGAAAAGUGUGAGUAUAUUUAAGUGUUCACUUAGCUGAUAGCUUCUCUUUUAUGUCAACAUAAUUGACUGCCGACUGGAUACGCGUCCUAUCUUGAGAUCUAAUUUGUUCAAUACUUUGUACGAUUAAAUAACCAUGUUGUUUGCAAGUAAAUAUUCAUUAAAUCAACUAAAAUCUUUGGAUAUGCAAAAAUGCCUGGUUGUGCAGCAGUUGGCUGCAAUAAUCGCAGUGAGAAAGGCUAUAUUAUGAAAUGUUUUCCUCGUGAUCCAGAAUUGAGAAAAAUUUGGCAAGAGCGUGUAGCUAGGGCCGAUUGGGAACCAUCAAAUAAUUCUUUUCUUUGUCACGUACACUUUGAACCUCAUGAAUGGUCUGUGGCACAAAGUGGUAGAAUUAGAUUAAAAAGAAACGCUAUACCGUCUAUCUUUACCGUAACCUCUACUAGAAAAUCUCCUAAAAAGCGAAAGAAAUUAAUUCAUACUAAACAGGAGAAGGACUGUGAAGGUAGUCAAAAUAUGGAAUAUUUUGAGAUAGAUACCGAAUGUUCCUCCACUGGAAACAUUGAAGGAAAAGAUUCCGAUUUCCAAGAUACCGAUGAAAUAUCUCAGUCAUUAACAUUUGAAACUUCUGAUAAUAUAUAUCAAGUAAGUAAAGUUAGGAAUACUUACGAUGAUAAUGCACAAGAUCGUGUAGCUACAAAUAGCGCUCAAGAUGGUAUCAUUGUAAUCUCCGACGAAUGCAAUACAGAAACAGAUCAUUUCAUAAAGAAAAACAAUACUAUGAUGCAUACAAAUGAAAGCGAUAAAAUGAAUAGUAAUAUUAACGGUGAUCAAGGUUAUCCUGCGUUAAACAAUCCUGAAAAUGUAUACAUUAAAGCAGAGGUUAAAUCUGAAAAUCUAAGUAACAAAUUUGAUGAUAAUUAUGACGACAUAGAAGAAAAAUUGAAACAAAUUUGUGAUGGAAGGAGCGCAAACGAGGAAGAUUGUUCAGGAAAUAAUAAGACCAAUUGUGCUGCCAAAAAACAAGAUGAUACAGAAAGAAAUGCGGAAGUAAGUUUAAGCGGUAUUAAUAGUAGUAAAGUUUUAUCAACGACAAGAACGGAUUACAAAGAACCUGUCAAGCACGAAAUAGGAGAUAUUCUUAUUGACAACAGGGAAAAUGUUGAAAUCAUUUUUGGUACUGAAAGUGGAGACGAAAAAAUAGAUACUUCUCAAUCGAUUUUAUGUAUUAGUAAUUCAUUCACUAAGGCUCAUGAAAUGAAUGAUCCUGUGUUAAAUAUGGACGAUGAUAUUGUUUCUAUCAAAGAAGAAAAUAAAAUCUUUAAUGAAGACAUAGAGGAAAAUUUUGGUAAAGACGAAGUACAUGUUAUACCAAAUAUGAGAGCAGCCAUGAAACGUAAAAGAAGAACUAGAGAAGAAAUAAUGAAAUCUAUUAAAAAGUCCAUUGUUAGUACACCUGAACAAGACAUCAAUUUUAUGCACAAUAGUGAUGAUAUUUCCGAUAACAAUACAGAUAAACAAGUUGAAUUUGAUGCGAAAGCUAACAACAAAAGUAAUAUUAAAAACAACAAUAAUCAUGGUGAAAUAGGAAAAACAGAAUUUACUAUAAAAAUAACUGGUAAUCCUGAUGAUGUGUGUGAUAUUGUCCAAGAUCUAACGGGACAACGGCAAGGUAACGCGAAAGAGAAUUUUCAAGAAAUUCAUAAUUCUUGUGAGAAAUUUAAUCAUAGAUCUGUAGUUACAUCUGUUGUCAAAUUAAAGGAUUAUCCUAUAAAUCUAUCACCUAAUGUUACAAAAGAAUUAUGUAAUAAUCAGGAAGAUUUAACAAUAAAAAAUAAAGAUUUGUUUUUACGAAGAAAUCCUUUAUACUUCAAUAAUACUGAAACAGUUAAUAGAGAACAUUUGAAAAUAGAAUUGGUUGGCGAUAUUCAACAGAGGAACAUUUUCACUAACAACUCUGUGCCACCACGUUCUAUAUUAGAGAAAAAGAUGUUCAAUUUAUACAAUAGUUCUCCGACUAAUUAUAGUAAUAAUAAAAUGGAACAACAAAUAUUGGGCAAUUUAAGUGGUCAGGACAUAUUUGACGAACACGAACAGUUACAACAGAAAUCGAAAAUGCAAGAAGAAGUUAUUAAUAAAUUGACCAAUCAACUAAUUGUAUUUAAAAGAAUGGAAAAUAAUCUAAGAAAGCAAAGUAAAUUACUACAAUCGAAGACGAAAGAAGUUGAGAUGUUAACAAAUAAAUUAAACACAAGAUCAACGUCUACACAAUCAUUUACGAACAAUAAAAAAAGUUUAGAAUCGAAGCAAAGAUUAAUCGAAGAAUUGUCAAAUAGAGUGAACUAUUUUGAGUUGGUAAAUAAAAAAUUAAUGAAAACUAUGACAUUAGAAUCUCAACAAAGAAGAAAAUUGGAAGGACACAUCAAGCAGAAGGAUGAGCAAAUAAAAGAAUUGAAUUGGAAGUUGGAGAAAGCUUCGAAAUAUCUUGAAAGGGCAGAAAAAAAUACAAACACUUAUAAACGAAAGAUGUUAAAUAUGCAAACGGUUAUGAGACGAAAAAAAUUAUUAGAUGAAAAACCGAGUUCGUACAGUGAAAUGAUCAUUGAAAACGAUAAAGGAGAAUUUUCUGACAAAACCUUGGCAAUCGCUGUGACAAUUAAGAAUAAUUGCGGCAAGGAUGGCUAUGUUAAAUUGAUCGACCUUGGUUUCCCCUUACCUCCUUUAACAACUUUGAAAACAUUUCUUAGUAACAAUGUGACAGAAGAGAAAAGCAAUAACGAAACUAAUCGAGAUAUUUCUAAUAAAAAAGAACAAUUACAAGAUGUCCAAUGUUUAAGAAACGAAACGGAAAUGGACACUAAAGAUUCUGGUAUACCAGAAUCGGAUAAUAAAGCGACAGAGUUAAAUACUACAGAAACAAUAACUGGGACUGUCCAGGAUAUUUUUAAUGAAAAUAACGAUGGCGAUGACUUCACGUCCCAUGAACUUAAGAAACAUUUUAUGGAACAAUUGAGUGCUGUCAUGUAUUAUUUUCCUUAUCAUUGUACAAUAAUCAUGAAGCAUUUAUCGACGAAUACGAUGGAUCUUGCAGACACAGAAAGUUCCAGUGAUUCAGACGAUUUUCAAAUGUUGGAAAACGAUGAAACCGAAGAAGAAGUACCCACAGAGAGUACUUUUGACUUGGCCCUUCCGGCCUCGCACUCUUACUUAGGAAAUAAUCUAAGAGAACUCAGAGGAAGAACGAUACUGGAUGAUGGAAUCCACAGGAAUUUACCAUUGUUAGUGAAACAUUCUAUUAUUCUAUUUCCUGGACAGACAUUACCAAUGAAAUCGGAGAAUGUAGAAGUUAUUAGAAUGCUACAAAAUUGCAUUCAGAAAGAUCGUAUAUUUGGUGUCAUAUGUUUGAACAAUGGCAAGGUUGUACGUGUAGGUACAACGGCUGAAGUAUUCGAAUAUUAUGAUGGAGAUUUAAUGGUAUCAAGUUUUCGAUUAAAAGCCAUGGGUAGACAACGAUUCAAAAUAUUACGUAUUGUUAUGAAGGGCAACGACAUGUUUUCUGCAAAUGUUAAAAUACUACCAGAAGUUACCUUGAAUCAUCCAUUCUCGGAUUGUCGUUUAGCUUCGUUAAAUCCUCUUCGAGUAAAACCGACUAAUGAACAAGAAUCAAAACAGCAAGAUUUUGUAGAGAGAGUAGAGUCAAUGAUAACUCCAUGGCCAUCGUGGGUGUACAAACAGUACGAUCCUGUGAGAUUAUCUUCCAAGAUACGCCAUCAUUUACAAUUUCUUCAAAAACGCGGUAGUAACAUACCUAAGGAUCCAAUUGAAUUAUCAUUUUGGGUCGCACAAAAUGUAUUGGUCGAUGACGAUGAAAGAAUUGAUUUAUUAAAUUAUGAUUGCGCUAUUGCAAGGUUGCAGAGAGAAAUCAAAUAUCUUAUUGAGGAUAGAUCUUUUGUUUGUAUACAUUGCGAUAAUUUCAUUGCACAUCAAUCGAAUAUGUUUCCAAUGAGUAAGGAAGGACUUCAAAGUACAUAUUGCAAUGGCUAUGGUGUCAUAUUCGAAACAAUAACUGUCUAUCAUGCGGAAGGAUUAAUGCUUAGUAUGGAUUCAUCCUCGACGGUUUAUAGUUGGUUUCCAGGAUAUGCCUGGACAACAGCAAGUUGCGGUAAUUGUUCUUCUCAUGUGGGUUGGAAAUUUACAGCAGUAAAAAAUAACUUGAAACCUAAACACUUUUGGGGCUUAUGUCGUAGGGCCCUGAAAAAUAAAACAAAUAACAAAGCAGAUGAUACAACAGAUGAUACAACAGAUAUUGAUGCUUUGUCGUCUGAUGGCAAUUGAAUUUUUCAUAUUUCGUACAAAUCGUUGAUGCUAUAGUCGGAUUGUUGUCAUUGCAGUAAAACUUGUUGCUUAAUUGCAUUGAAAUAUCUUUUAAUUGAAAUAUAGCAAGAAGAACAACCAUUAAGAAGAACGUAUGGCAAAAAAUAGAAUGCACUUUGGCAGAAUGAUAUUGUAUUUAAGAAAGAAUUAUCUUUGGGCAAGAGUAAAGCGUCAUCCUUAGUACAGACUUAUGAUAAUAAAAUGUACAUAUUGGAUGGAGAAAAAGUGAAAUAGAGAUACCAUAGCUUUUAUCAUUAUCCCUCUGGUUCAGAUUAACCGUUAUAUGAAAAGUAAUACCUUUAUACUUUUCAUAAUCCUCCAAUAUAUAGAUUACGAAUUAUUUUACUCCUCUUUUCACAUUGCUACUUUACACAAAUAGAUACAAGAUUGUAUGAUACCAUGUUAUUUCCUAAAUAUACAAAAUUUUGUGCAUAUAAAAUUAAUGGAUAGCGAAUAUUAUAUAUCAUAUAAAAUAAGAUAUUUUGUUAUGCAUACAUGAUGAGGCAUUAAUAAAUUUAAAUUUAAUGUCAUAGUA